ACUGUGGAUUCCUGCUCAGGCUGCGUGGAGCGGAGAGCAGCGGACACUCCGGUCCCUUCCUGGGACCACAGGUGUUCACUGUGAACAGAUUCCAAAAUGCCGAGCUGUGGAUAGAGAGUUUUUUCCUGUGGGUCAAGCUGACCGGUGUCUACCUCCCUGCUCCCUGUCCUGCUUUUCCUCAUUUACAUUAACCCUUUAUCCUCUCCUUUACCUUUUCCCCGUGUCCUCGGUCACUAUCCGCCUCUCCUACCACCUCCUCCUCCUCUCGUUCCAGCCGCCUGUCCUCUCUCCGUCCCUCGUCCUCUAUUUGCCUCGGUCCCCCUAAAACCCACCCACCACCACCUCCUCCUCUUCCUCCCCCCCCACAGCACACAUGCAGGCCAAGAAGCGGUACCUGCUCGUGUCUGUGGGGGCCGGUCUUCUCUUCCUCAUCUACCUGUGGGGUCUGCAAAUCGGGGAGUUCCAGCAGCAGCCGCCGUACCAGUAUCAGUACCAGUUACCCCAGGACCCGCAGUACCACCAGUAUCAGCUGUACCAGUACUCCCACCAGUAUCAGGACGUGUACCAGCCUCAGCCACUGCCUCAGAGGAGUCCGUCCAGACCGCCCAGGCACUGGCCGGUGUCCACCGCACUGCUGGAGCCGUACCUGGAGGGAGGCGAGCAGGAGGAGGACAGCCCUCAGCUCCAUCACCAGCACACUUCCCCUCAUGAACGACGGGCGAUCCGCGACAUCAUCUACAAGAACAAGCGCUGCCGCAUGGAAACCUGCUUUGACUUUGCCCGCUGCCAGUCUGGCUUCAGGAUUUACAUCUACCCUCCGCAGAGAGGGGACGAGAUCUCUGAGACCUACAGAAAGAUCCUGUUGUCAAUCGAAGAGUCUCGCUUCCACACCACGGACCCCACAAGGGCCUGUCUGUUUGUUCUGGCGGUGGACACGCUGGACCGGGACCAGCUCUCUGCUCAGUACGUCCAGAACGUCAGGUCCCGCAUCCAAAGCCUGCCCACGUGGAACGAUGGCAGGAACCACCUCAUUUUCAACCUGUACUCCGGCACCUGGCCGGACUACACGGAGGAUUUGGGCUUCGAGGUGGGCCAGGCCAUGUUGGCCAAGGCCAGCGCUGAUGUGGUCAACUUCAGGCCAAACUUUGAUAUUUCCAUCCCUCUGUUCUCCAAGGAUCACCCUCUAAAGGGCGGCGGGAUAGGUUAUCUGACGCUCAAUGAGGCGCCACCGUCCAGGAAGUACCUGCUGGUUUUCAAGGGGAAGCGCUACCUCACUGGCAUCGGCUCAGAGACGAGGAACGCUCUUUAUCACAUCCACAACGGGGAAGAUAUUAUCCUGCUGACCACGUGUAAACAUGGCAAAGACUGGGAGAAACACAAGGACUCUCGCUGCGACAGAGAUAAUGAAGAAUACUCAAAGUUUGACUAUCAGGAGCUGCUCCAUAACUCCAGUUUCUGUCUGGUUCCUCGAGGACGACGUCUGGGUUCCUUUCGCUUCCUGGAGGCCUUGCAGGCGGCCUGUAUACCAGUUAUUCUGAGUAAUGGUUGGGAGCUCCCAUUCUCUGAAGUGAUCAACUGGAGGAAAGCUGCCAUCAUCGGGGACGAGAGACUGCUGUUGCAGGUUCCUUCCAUUACUCGGUCUGUGGGCCGUGACAGGAUCCUGGCUCUCCGCCAGCAGACCCAGUUCCUCUGGGACGCCUACUUUUCCUCUGUAGCCAAAAUCGUAUCAACUACUCUGGAGAUCAUCCAGGACCGCGUGGUCUCCCAUGUGACGCGAAACCACUUGUUGUGGAACUCCCUGCCUGGUGGUCUCUAUGCACUGCCCCAGUACUCGACUGAUCCUGCCCAGUUCCCUUUUUACUACGGCAUACUGGGUAAAAGUCCGUCGCAGCAGUUCACAGCUGUGAUCCACACAGUGACGCCACUGCAGGCCCAGAUCUCUCCUGUGGUGAAGCUCAUCAUCGCUGUCGCCAAGUCCAAGUUCUGUGCACAGAUUGUGGUUUUAUGGAACUGUGACAAGCCUUUACCUCCCAGGGACAAGUGGCCCUCCACCAGCGUGCCUCUCACUGUCAUUGAAGGGCAGACCAAGACGAUGAGCAGUCGUUUUUAUCCCCACGAUGUCAUCCAGACUGACGCCGUUCUCAGUCUGGAUGAAGACUCUGUCCUCUCAACCAAUGAGGUGGAUUUUGCUUUCAUUGUAUGGCAAAGUUUUCCAGAGCGUAUCGUAGGUUAUCCAGCGAGGAGCCACUACUGGGAUAGUUCCAGAUCUCGCUGGGGCUACACCUCCAAGUGGACCAAUGACUACUCCAUGGUCCUCACGGGAGCAGCUUUCUACCACAGGUACUACCACUACCUGUUCACGCAUCACAUCCCGACCAGCCUGCUGACCAUGGUGGACCGCAUGGCCAACUGCGAGGACAUCCUCAUGAACUUCCUGGUGUCGGCCAUUACCAAGCAGCCGCCGAUCAAAGUCACGCAGAAGAAGCAGUACAAGGAGACCAUGAUGACCCAGGGCUCCAAGGCGUCUCGCUGGGCCGACCCGGACCACUUCGCCCAGCGUCAGACCUGCAUGAACGCCUUCAGCCACUGGCUGGGCUUCAUGCCCCUGGUGCACUCACAGAUGAGGCUGGACCCUGUGCUGUUCAGGGACCAGGUUUCCAUCCUGAGGAAGAAAUACAGAGACAUCGAGAGGCUGUGAACGCACACAGGGAGGCAAGACUAACACACAGAGAGUUCUCAUUUUGAACCUUGUGAAGGGAAAACUCAUUCACAUGGACAGGAAAAUACUAAUAAUGCAGUUAACUGCACAAAAAGACGACUCGAUUGCGUCGGUGCGGUUGAGUUCCUGUGCGUUACCUCUCAUCUGUGACUGAACACAUGAACAUGUGAAUGCAUGGACGCACAUGCAAACGAAGACCUGGACACUUUGGAGGCCGUCGUGACCGCAGACGUACGAUAAUGUGUUGCAUGGUUUGAAAACGGACCUGAAAAAAAAUGUAACGUCUUUUAUUUAUUUUUUUAUUUUCAGAUAAAGAUAUGUCUAUUGUGGAUAUCAUAAUAUAGAGUUAAAAAAGGGUUCAAGAGAUUGAUAAGUUAUAGGUUUUAUUUAUGAAAUCCAAAGUCACUUUGAUGUCCAGAACAGAUACCUAUACAGUACGGGAAGGAAAAAAAAGGGACAAAUAACUGCUGGAUCGGGCUGCACAAACAGCUGCUUCCCCAAAAACACCCACAGACAAUGGCGAUACGCCGUGUGUACACUAUUGUAGAUUUUUAGCACAGGUUCCUGUCUGUAUGAAACAAA